AUGCCCUGGCGCUCCGGAUCGAAGCGGUACAUACACUUGGACGGCAAAAACAGCGCGAAUGGCGGCAAGGAGGCUUGGUAUUGGCGCUUCAUUGCGCUUGCCGCGUCGUGGAUGAUCCUGUGCGGAUACCUCAUCCUGCCGGGACUCUACGCAAAUGAACCACAGCUCAGGAUCAGCCAAGCAGUACUUAACGUCUUCGUCGUCGCACUCCUCACGGCCGGCUACUCGUUCACUGCGCUACUCUGCUUUGCCUGUCGCAACGAGAUCUUCCAAGCCGAAGCCAUCUUCCUACCUGCUCUAACUUCUUCUGCGGUCGGCCUCCUGACCAUAGCCUACAACUUCCUCGUAUCAAAAGCCUACGAUUGGGGAACUGCUGCUAUAUCCGGCACCGUAAUAUCCACCACCUCCACCUUCCUCUACGGCAUGCUGCUUCUGUGGACGCACCGCCGCAUCGUUAAGCUCCGCGAGCAGGGUUCCAGCCGCUCUCACAACCUUUACAAUGAGCCAGGUUAUUACAACAACUUCGUCCAAAACAUGUACCCUGCCGCCGCGCGAUCGCCUUCCGCACCGCCUGAGAUUCCGCUAUCCGACGAAGAUAGGAUCAACCAACAAAUGGCCUUGUUACUCAUGAAGCAAGACCAAGGAACGAGCCCAGACGCUAGUUCUGCGACUUUCAGGAUUGAUCUGCCCGAAGACCACGAGGAAAGGGAACGAAUUUUGAAUAGCCAGGAGCUAGUGGGAACUCCACCUGUAUCGCACGCAGACUGGAAUCGCGCAAGAUCGCAGAGCAGGCCAGAUAGUCUAGGCGAGACGCAAGCCUGGGAGCGAUGGCAGGACAGAGGGCGCACAACGAAUCGACCAGCCAGCAUCGGCGCGCGAAGUAACCACUCGCGAGCAAUGAGCCGAGAGGAGCGGCGAAGAGAGAUCGAAAUGGGACUAGGCCAAUAG